CUGGGCUGAGGGGGAGCUGGACUGGGCUUUUUUUCUCUCCAAAUUGCCCGCAAGCCGCGCCCCUCUCUCUCCAAAAAGGCAAAAAUGACAAAGACGGAGACAAAUCUUGCAUUAGCCGCGCUCCACUCACAUUAACAACCUCCUCGCACUCUCCGUGACUGGCUUUUGCCUCCCUGCUCCAUGCUUUCCCCCAGAAAACCUUAGUUAAAAACAAAGCGGAGCCCCCUCCACCCCGUCUUCAGUCAAUUUCUCGACACCAGUCGUCCCUUGAUCCCUCUUUUUUUGUAUUCUGCAUCUUCCUUGUACUUUGCGACGCGUGUGUACACAUAGACAGAUACAACAUACACACCUUGACAAAGUCUAGUCGCCGCAACCCCAUCCUCUCUCUACACACACACCUACACAGCCAGACACCAUGGCCACGCCGGAAAAGGGCGAGAAGCAGGCGCCCCAGCGCCCUGCCAGCAUCAUGGAUGCUGACGUCGAGUCAACCGGUCGUCUUGAGGCCAAGCCUACCAACGAUACCGUUUCCCCCAUCAUCAACUUUAAGACGCUGACCUGGUGGCAAGGUGGCAUCGUUCUCGUUGCUGAAACAGUCUCUCUGGGUAUCCUUUCCCUGCCCAAGGUCAUCGCCUCCGUCGGCCUCGUCCCCGGCAUCAUCCUCAUCCUCAUCAUGAGUGGUCUCUCCACCUGGUCCGGUCUCAUGCUCGGCGAGUUCCGAAAAGAAUACCCCCACGUCGAAAACUUUGGUGACGCCGUCGAGGUCAUUGGCAAAUCCAUUGGCAUGGGCCCUCUGUUCCAGGAAAUCUUUGGAUGGGCCCAGGUUCUGUUCCAAGUCUUCGUCAUGGGCGCCCAUCUGCUUACAUGGACCAUCUGCCUCGAUGCCCUGCGUGGCGGUGGCGUCUGCAAGAUCAUCUGGGCUGUGAUUGGCCUGGUUGUCUUUGCUCUGCUCAACUUGCCCCGAACCCUGAAGCUCACUAGCUGGACCUCCAUUACUUCCUGCCUUUCCAUCACCAUUGCCACUCUCCUGACUGUUGGCUAUGUCGGCACCAACAAGGCGCCGGAUGUCGUCGUUGAGAUUACCAAGGUGGUUCCCUUUACGACUGCCUUCCUCGGAGUGACCAACAUUGCCGUCGCUUUCUCGAGUCACUCGUGCUUCUUUGGCGUCAUUGGCGAGUUCAAGAACCCCGAAGAUUGGCCCAAGGCCCUUGCCCUGCUCCAGAUCAUCGACACAUCCCUCUACCUCAUUGCUGCCAUUGUCAUCUACGUCUAUGUUGGCAAGGAUGUGCCCGCACCCGCUCUACUCGCCGCCACCGACUUCAAGUGGCACAUUGCCAUUUGGGCCAUUGCCAUUCCCACCAUUGUCAUUGCUGGUGUCAUCUACGGCCACGUCGCUGCCAAGUACGUCUUUGGUCGUAUCUUCCGCAACAGCAAGCACCUUGUCCACCGCACCAAGCGCUCCACCAUCGUCUGGGUCGCCAUGAUCUUUGCCAUGUGGGCCGUUGCCUUGGUAAUUGCCGAGUCGAUCCCCAUCUUUGACAGCUUGCUGGGCCUUCUGGCUGCCCUCUUUGUCAGCUGGUUCUCCUAUGGCCUGCCUGGCAUCUUCUGGCUCUGGAUGCACCACGGCAACUGGACCAGCUCUCCAGCACGUGCCGCCAAAUUUACCGCCAACAUCUUGCUUGUCAUUACGGGCGUCAUGGUUUGCGCCCUGGGCCUGUGGGCGUCUGUUGAGUCUAUUAUCGAAUCCGAGACUGGCAAGCCCUGGGCUUGCUAAUCAUCGCACGAUAUAACCCCAUUUGCAUAUACACGAAAUACGAACUGCCCGCCCCCACCCCACCCCCCGAACGCCACACCUACGACCUAGUACAUACAUGCAUACACAUUUUGACGACGUUUGGCCUCAGCAAGCAGUAACAAGACGCAUUCUCCAUGUUUUUGUUUCCCCUUCUGGGUAGCAGUAGCAGCAGCAGGAAGCCUUCGUGUUUCGUAUUGGCAUUCGCUGGCUGCCUGGCUGACUUAACUCCCAAGCGCCCCACGACAUAUUGGAUUCCUUGUUUUCUUCGUUUUUAUUUAGAUACCUAAUAUUGACAAAGUCAUUGUUGUUAUUACCAAGUUGUAAAAGCAAUCACGUAGUUCAUGAGUUCCAUUAUUUUCUGUAAAGAUCUAUUUGUUUUAUAUUACACUCAUUUACGACUCUUAUCUACCUCGCAAUUCACAUAGAGACAGCGGGCGCGGGGAGAUUGACACCGAGAAUCUCGUAGACCUUGCGCGUGUAGGCGCGGCCGGUGGGAGUACCCAUCAUGCCGUUCUGCAUUCUGUUCAUUGCAUAGGUAAGCGUCAUGCGGCGGUCGACAUCCAUGAUGACGAGCGAUCCACCAUAGCCACCCCAGAAGCAGAUGCGGCCGGUGGGCAACAUGUCGGUCAGGAAGGGGCUCUGGGGCAGGCCGUAACCCAUACCAAGCUGCAAGGGGACGCCAAGGACCAGAUCAGCGCCGUUAGACUGCUCCUCAAAGAUACGGUCAAUGGUCUUUUGUGAAAGCAGACGAACGCCGUCGACCUCGCCACCGAGUGGGAUGACAGAGAGGGCGCGGUUCAUACCGCGGGAGUUGGAGUGGCCAUUGGCGGCACCCAGCUCCGCCUUUCUCCAUGCCGAGGUGUUGGCAGCAUCGUUGGGCAUGUUGGGGUUGAGGAACGUCUUCAUACCAAAAGGCGGCUUGACGGGUGCAUCUCUGUAUGCGUCGGCGACAUUGUUGUUGAGCGGGAUCAGAUCGCUGACACGGGCAAGGUCGGCAUCCUUGCAGCCAAUCUGGAAAUCGGCGCCCAGAGGCCCCGUAACCUCCUUCUCGAGGAACUGCGGCAUAGUGAGGCCUGUGACGCGGCGGACAAGCUCGCCGAGGAGAAAGCCCAUGGUAAUGGCGUGGUAGCCCGAGGCAGUGCCGGGCUCCCACCAGGGUGCCUGGGCCUCGAGACGAGAGGUGGCUGUGUCGAAGUCGUAGAGUUCCUCCUGCUUGGUCUCGACCUCGAAGCCAGCGAGACCCGAGGUAUGCGACAUGAUGUGGCGGACUUUGACGUUUUCCUUGCCGUUGGCGGCAAACUCGGGCCAGUACUUGGCGACGGGCUCAUCGGGGUCGACGAGGCCGCGCUCGAUGAGGACAAAGACGGCAAGACUGAUGAGGGUCUUGGUGGACGAGUAGACGUUGACAAUGGUGUCCUCUUCCCAGGGCUGUGUCUUGGCGGCGUCCUUGAAGCCGCCGUAGAUGUCGAUGACGUUGGUGCCGUCAAUGUUGAGGGUGAUGGAGGCGCCGAGGUCCUCGCCGUUGUCGAGGUUGGCCUGGAGGAGGGCCUUGACGGCCUCGAAUUUGGGGUCGCAGUGGCCUUGGACAGUAGCCAUUUUUGUUUAGUUUGUGUGGUAACGUAGUGGGUUGAUUGGAACAGAGUGGAAUGUAGGGGAGGCGGUUCCUCUGUCCUGUAUUAAUAACAAGGCUGCCUGGGCUGGGAUGCGAAAGACUACGUGGACGCCCUUCGGAGAGUUAUAAAAACUACCUUGGCGGGUACAAGACGUCACCAGCAGACGCGGGGUCAUUGCUGUCCUCACCGCGGGGCAACACAGGCAACCGUGUAGCCGCG